GGAGAGCCGUGCGCGUUUUCCGGCCGCGUGGGCUCCCAGGAACAAUGGUGCCAUUUACAGUCUUGCGAGGACGAGUAAAACGACGAAGGGCAGGUCGAGGGAAACACGGAGAGUGGGCGGCUUCAGUGAACGGAAUCGUUCGUUGGCGAUAGUUGUAGCGCAGUAGUUAAUACACACAGAGAACAGGUGCAGGCCGGAUUUGCUUUUGGAGCUUCCAGCACGACCACAGCAACACACACACACAGACUGUCACAGCCUCGAGCCUUCAUGACUCAACCCAUGGAUCACCUCUUGACCCGAAAACCCCAAAUUCCUCCCUCUUCUUCCGCAUCAACGCCCGCCGCGUCCUCGUCGUCGUCGUCGUCAUCGUCGCUGGCGUCUACCGCGUCGAGUAGCGGCAGCCCGUGCUUCGUGUUCGAGUCUCACCCCGAGGACCCCUCCCCCGUGGACGACGACAUGGACAGCUGCAAGUUCGAGCUGAAGCUCGGUAGCGAGAUGCACAUCCCGGUGACCAAGACGGCGGCGGACGUGCGCGCGAGCCCCAUGGGCGGAAACGACUACGUGUACGAGAAGCAGGCGCCGUCGUCGAUGACGAGCAACAGCAGGUUCCCGACGACGGGCGCGAUCGAGGCCAAGAUUAAGACUCUGGCCUCUUAUUUAAAGUCGGUAUCGGCCGGCAUUCGACGUCGCAGCAUCGCCUUCGACCGCGCACGCCUCACCCAGGCGUACUACCGGAGGUCGGUGCCGACCCCUGCAGCCAUGCGCACCAAGCUCAAUGUUAUUGUAUCCAGACAUAGCAGUGGAGAGCACCAAACGACGCUCUCUUGGGACGAUAUUGAUGAGGAGGAAUGCCUGAGCUUUGGUGAUUUGAACGAGGUAAUGACCGCCACCCCUACAUCCAGGAAACGUGGCCACCCGAGCGAGAUCUUCUGCGAAGCUGAAAUCCGUCAAAUCUGCAUUCGCUGCGAGGUUCUGGACCAAUACAUUGACCAGGUUGUUCACAUCAUCAAGUCGUCGUUCGGUACACCAGAGCUGGACGUGAUUGCUCUGGAAAAGUUCAUGCCAGGCAACGUCGUCGUGUUCGUGGGCACUCUGAUCUUCGAGAGCAUCGACUGUGGAGAGGAAUACGUGGAUCUCAGCGUUCUGCCAAGCUUUUUGCGGCAUAUCCAGGAACGCUACGACGGCAACAUGCCGUUCCACAAUGCAACCCACGCCGCAGACGUGAUGCACACGCUCUUUAUGCUGCUGUGGAACUCGAGUCUUGGGGAGAAGAUUUCCCACCACAACCAGGUCGGUGCUCUCCUAGCGGCGGUGAUGCAUGACGUGGAACACGUUGGCUUGACCAACGAUUUUCUAAUUAAGACCAGCCACCCCAUCGCGCUGAAAUACCCCUCCAAGGCUCCGAUGGAGUCCAAGCACAUGGAUUUGGCCUUAAAGGCAGUGGUGGACCCCAAGUUUGACAUCCUAUCCAAGAUGACUUUGGUCCACAAGGAGCAAGUACUCGAGGUUGUACGCGAGACGAUUUCGGCGACAGCUCUUAUUUAUCAGCCUGAGCUGCUCGCUGAGAUCAAUAGCACGACGCCCGAGGAGUGGAAGAUGCUCGAGGAGGACGCGGUAUUGCCGCAGAGUCUGCAGGUUCGCGCUCUGCGUAUUGCCAUGCACGUGAGCGACAUCAGCCAGACAAUGAAGCCGUUCGCGAACCACCAGAAGUGGGUAUUCCGCCUCAACGACGAGCACUACAAACAGGGCGAGCUGGACGCCCGCGAGCACCGAGGGGUAAGCCCAUCGUUUUGCUUCCGCGACCAGUGGACGUAUGAGGGUUUCCUGUGCAGCCAGGUGUGCUUCCUGAGGAAGAUGGCACUGCCAGCCGUGGUGACACUCAACAACAUCCCAUGGCUGGACGUGAAUGAGCUCGUGAACGGGAUCGAGAAGAACAUCGCCGAGUGGGAGCAGCAGGCUGCCUCCUCCCACUAGCAUGUAUUAUCGGAUAUGUUUGCAUGUUGGAGUAUGAAGGCGUUUGUUGUAGAACUAUUGCACAUUGCAGAAUAAAAUUGAACGCUACACUUCCACAACCACCUGCAUUUUGCUCCGUUUGCCACUCUUGAUGAGGAAGCGCGUGAAUUCAUGGAGAGCGUUUCCUUCCGUCAACGUAAAGUCCUCCAUCGAAGUUGCCUUGAACGUUUCGAUGGCGAAUUCAACGACCGACGAUUUUCUCACAGCCGGAAGUCAGU